GUGCCACCUUAUCGAUUAAGCACCGUCUCAUAUUGGAAUCUGGAACAAGUAUGGCAGUCACGUGUUGUCAAGCUAUCAAAAUAUAGAAACAAUAUUGGAAUGUCAUAUAGUCUUUGUGGUUAUUCUGAAAGGAAAAGAAUAAGAAGGAAUUACGGGGAAUAAAUAAAAUGCAUGCAUGCUUUGGCACGAGAACAAAGUAGAGAAAGCUUUACGAGUGCCGAUUUCUAAACAUAUUGCGCUGCUGCUAGGAGGGUAGUUGUCUGUGAGAAUGAAAAAAUCGUUAUCUAAUGGAGUAAACAUGUUAUGCUGUGUUCAGAUGUAUUAAACACGUUAAGUUUCCUGUAAAUUUAUCAUUUUUAAGUCCGAAUUAUACCGCUGAAGCGAUAACCUCUGUAAAAAGGAUUUAUUUGUGAUAUUUUUGGUUAAAUACUAUUUUUGUAUGUAUUCUUUGAAAAAAAUUAUAAAUUGUGUAUGAGUCAUUUGUGAGUUUACGAGAAAGAAGAAGCAACGCCAAAAAAAUUAAACCAUGGAUGUGACUUACUCCUUUUCUAAGCCCCCGUCAUGGGGUAACAAUGCACGUGCAUUUUUAUCUCAGUUUUCGGACGUGUUCAGUGCUUUUGGAAAAUACAUAGCACCAACAUACAAGCACGAUCGAUGUGAAAGAUCAGUUCAGAUGAGGUUGUAUUCCCUCAACAAACGUCAGUUUGUGCUUGUGUUCUUCAUUUUCUUCAUUUGCUUUGGUAUCACUGUCCUCAUUGGUAUUGCAGGGCCUCCUAUAAUUGAUACAGUGACACACAAUCUUUCAGCCCUAACACAACCUGAUAGUGGUCUUGAUAUGAAGACAGGGCCUUUCACAUUAAAGUCACCACCUUUAUCAACAUUUCAUCAACAGUUCUGGUUGAUUGCUCACAUUAUAACAGAUAACAAAGCUGGAACAAAAAUAGAACAAUCAUUCACUGUGAGUGUUUUCAUUGGUGGAAUCAAGGGAGAAGAUGAAAGUAUUAUCCAAUCAGAGAAUCCGAAACUUGAUGGGCUGUCACAUAAUAGAACAAGGUUGUUGUCAUGUAAAGAGGAAUGCAAUGAUCUAAUAUUGUUACACCUUGGCUAUCUUGACUACACAUAUUACAUCAUCAAUAUAAACUUUCAUGGUCUGGAGAAACAGGCCCACUUCGAUAUCAAAAAUAUCAUAUUCCAUUUCAAGAGCUAUAAUACAGCUUUUACCAAGCUGGAGAUUUGGUUAAGGUUUUCAUUUCUUGUGUUCACUUUUAUAGCUACGUGCUCAUUUGCUCAUUCAUUGAGAAAGUUUACAAUGCGAGACUGGUCAAUAGAACAAAAAUGGAUGUCAGUACUGAUGCCACUUCUUCUUCUUUAUGAUGAUCCAAUAUUUCCGUUGACUUUCCUUGUUGAUAGCUGGGUACCAGGAAUGUUUGACGGGAUAUUUCAGGCAUCAUUUCUGUGUGGGUUGUUACUAUUCUGGUUAUGUAUAUACCAUGGAGUUAGACAGACUGACAGACGGUUUUGGAAAUUUUAUUUUCCUAAGUUAUUGAUAGUUGGGUUAAUAUGGAUAUCAGCGGUCACUUUGGCAUCCUGGCAAGAGUACAAUGAACUACAGGACCCAACAUACUUUUACAGGCUUGAUACAAGCAACUUUAUGGGUUUUAAGAUAUUUUUCUUCAUAGUUGGUAGUGUAUAUCUUCUCUAUCUGCUGUAUUUGUUGGUGCGAGCGUAUGCUGAACUUAGAUCCAUGCCAUACUUUGAUUUAAGACUGAAGUUCAUGACGUUUCUAAUGUUGAUAGUUCUAUCAAUAAGCAUUACUAUCACAGUAUUACGGUUUGGGCGGGCCGCGUUACAGGACAAUUUUGUUGCGGAGUUGUCUACCCACUACGAGAACUCGGCAGAAUUUGUAGCAUUCUAUGGGUUGUUGAAUACAUACAUGUACACAAUGGCGUUUGUGUACUCGCCCUCACCGAAUGCAGUAUUUGAAACUCAUUUCAAGGACAAUCCCGGUCUUUCAAUGUUGAAUGAUUCUGAUGAAGAGGUGCAUUAUGGAUCUGACACAGAGAGUAUAGGGCUGACUAGAGUGAGACCAAAUGCUGUUGGGAAAUAUGACAGUGAUUAGAGUUACCUUCCUUGGGACAAAAGUUAGCACCCUUGUUGUGACUAGAGUAACUUCCCUUUUAACAAGAGCUACUGCCAUUGUAACAAGAGUUAACUUAUCUGUUAUCAGAGUUAGCAUCUUUGAGACAAGAAUUCUUUUGACAAUGACAAAAAUGUGCACUCUUGGUUCAAGUGACAGGUUAUCUCCCAUGCGGCAAGAAUCAACUCCUUUGUUAAAUAGAGUAAGCUCUUUUUAGACUAGAGUUAGUGCCCUUGUUAUUGCAAUAUGACCGGACACUAGUCAUGUUUUAAGUAUCAUUAAUAAAAUAUAAAAUGUAAUCUCUGUGAUGGGACAGUAGAUAAAAUGUAGAAUAUUAAAAAGUCAGUCUUGUGUCUGUGAUGUCAUCAAAAAUUGAGAAAAGAAAUGUUGUUGUUAUUAGGUGAUACUUUUUCCUUUGCAUUUAUUUGUUUUGUCAACAUGUAAUAUUUUUCAAGAAUAUUGACAUUUAUAAGAUACAAGCUUGCCAGUAUGUUAGAUAGAUAAAAGUAGAAAUUGUAGAAUUAUUAGAUUUUUGGUGUUAGAUAAAAAAAAUUGUGGGCUUGAUAAAUAACCAUUAAAUGUUAUUAGUUCAUAUGAAUAGAUGUAAAUUCAUUUAUCAUAUUAGAGUAACAGUCAUAUUUGAAUUUUGGUGAAUUUUUUUUUUUGUAACAAAAUCAGAAAUCCACACUGUAGACGAAAUUUUUGUUUUCUUAUUCAAACCAAUGUAAGACAUGCAUAACAUUCCUUAUAUUUUUCUGUUGUUUUUAAUGGUGUUGAAUCCCAGUGACCAUGAAAUUUUCAUGUCUAGAAUUUGUGAUAAUUGUGCAAUAUAGAGAUAGAGGUUUUAUUUUUACUGAGGAUUAAUUUUAGUAGUUAAUAGUGAUAAUGUCCUAUGGUUUAAAAAAAAUAAUUGGAAUAUUUUUCAAAUGUGAUAGUUAUAAUUUUGCAAUAGAGUGGGAUAGUUUAAAGUAGUGCAGGUUAGUGAGGUGUGACUGUGGGAUAAUCAAUUGACUUAAACUGUAAUAGCCAUUUGUACUAUAGUACUAAGUGACAUGUGCCUGUGGAAUUAAUCUUUGACUUAAACUUUGAUAGCCAUGUGUACUUUAAUACAAGAUGCAAGUGUGAAUACAAGUAAAACAAAUAAACAAAAGUACAGUAUAGCCCCUGCAGAGCAGCCUCCUGUAUACCAAUAACCUCUUUAAAACAACCAUAUACUUUUUUCCAAAAUGGUGAUAAAAUAUCCCAACAAAUUCAAUCUCUCUCUUGAGCAACGUAUUAGCAAUAGCCAAAAAUCUUUGUGUCCCAAAAGGUGUUAUCCUGCAUGAACUUGUACAGUAAAUCCUUUUUAUUACAACUUGCCAAAGCAUUUAGUACCAUGGUAUCGUCAAUUAUAAUCCAAAGAUUUUUUGCAAUAGAAAAUAGCAAUUUUAGUGACCAAAUCCUAUAGUCAAAGCAAUGAAUGAUAGCUUCCUGUGAUAAAAACAUGGUUUUAAUGAAUAUUUUUAUUGAUAUUAAGGGGGAGGAAGCAAUCUGAAAAUUAAAGUAGUGAAGUUCAGCUAGUCAUACUAUUUUUGAUUUUUUUAGUGUGUAAAUUUUAACAGUUAAGAAAAGAAAAACAAUGUCUUAU